AUGGCCUCCACCCCUCCGCCCUCCUUCUCAACCAACUGGAUACCAGCCAAGUCCUGGACCCAUUUCGUAGCGGGAGGGCUGGGAGGGAUGUGCGGUGCAAUCGUCACUUCUCCGUUUGACGUCGUCAAAACCCGAUUGCAGAGUAACAUGUUCCGACAUUCGCUAGCACACGAUCGUGCACCACACCAUCUUGCCACGCCGCGUCCACAUCUCGCAACCGCUUCUUCUUCCUCCAACACCCCCUCCUUCCGCCCUCGGAUGCCUGCCGGAGCGCAUCCGGCACACACGGCCGCCCAAGUCGCCCACACGAGCAGAAACAUCCUCUGGGCAUUCUACGACACCGCUCUACUCAUCCGCUCUAUCCACAAAUAUGAAGGCUCUGCGGCGCUGUUCAAGGGUCUCGGGCCGACGCUCGUUGGCGUCGUCCCCGCGCGAAGUAUCAACUUCUUCACGUAUGGGAAUGGGAAGCAGAUCAUUGCGAACAAGUUUAAUAACGGGAUAGAGGAUACGUGGGUAUUCCUCACUGCUGGUGCUUUGGCCGGCAUCGUAACAAGCACAGCGACAAACCCGAUCUGGGUAGUCAAGACCCGCCUUCAGCUCUCCGCCUCCCAAUCACAGCCUUUUACCUCCUCGUUGGCGUGCAUCCGGCAUAUCCUGGCACACGAGGGCAUACCAGGAUUAUAUAAAGGGCUUUCAGCAAGCUACCUUGGCUGUGCGGAGAGUACGAUCCAGUGGACCUUAUACGAGAACUUCAAGAGUAGCGUGCGAGGCCGUGGAGGUGCCACAGAAUGGCUCGGCAUGCUAGGCGCCGCAGGAGCAGCCAAGAUGAUCGCGUCGCUCAUCACGUACCCGCACGAAGUUGUCCGUACGCGCCUGCGCCAGCCCAUCGAGAACGGCCGGGUCAAGUACCGCGGCUUGAUCCAGACGUUCACUGUUGUCAUCCGGGAGGAAGGGGUGAGGAGCUUGUAUGGAGGGUUGAGCGCGCAUUUGUUGAGGGUCGUCCCUAAUGCGGCGGUGAUGUACUCGAUUUAUGAGGGCUUGCUGGCGUGGUAUGGUGUUAGCUAG